AUGAUGGGAGAUGAGUUCAAAACAUGGCUCGAUGGUCCGGUGAAAAAAAUCGACGUGAAACUGGAGUCUGUUGAAAAGGAAGAGCACCACAUUCGAGGACGUGUCGAUGAACGCUUCAAGCCGUUGUUCGACGUUUUCUGGUGAGACUUUCAGUACACUUCCACAAAAAUUUUUAAGAAAAAAUACUCUGGUUUGGACAUUUCUAGAAACUUUUUUUGAAACUUUCUUAAGAUUUGAAGUUUUAAAACAAUAAAGGACUAUAACUUUGCGAAACUCUCAAACUUUAAGAUUUUGUAACUUUUGCCCUUCCGAAAUUUUGUCCUAUACGGUUUCGAAAUUUUGAUUUUCUAUAUAAGAAAACAAAUUAUACUGACCAUCCAAAAUCAUUGCGAAAAUUGUCUCUGAAAAUUGAAAAAAAAUUUCAGCCGAAACUUCGACAAAGGCUGGGAAGCGGCUGGCGCUUCUUUCGCCGUUUUCAAAGAUGGCGAACUUUGCGUCGACCUUUACGGAGGCUACGCUGACGUCGAGAACAAGGUCCUUUGGACCGAACACACAACUUCUGUGCUCUUCUCCACCACUAAGGUAGAUGGGCUUUGAGGAAAAUUAGGAAAAUAAUGAACAUUGUGAAAUUUGAGAAAUAAUGAGGAUAUCGGGUAUCUAACUGAGUAGCUGCCAAUAAAAGGUCUCAAAAAAGUGUAGUUGAACACAUAUAGAGAAAUUUCUGAAUUUUCCGAAGUUUGGAAAAAAGUUUCAUUUUUAUUUCGAUGGCUGGAUUUUUCCCUUUUUCAGUUUCAAUAAAGCUAGCUUUCACCUACACAUCUGGCAAGCUAAAAUCAAUGAUUACCCAACUGGGCCUUAUUCUUUUCAGAAUUAAGCUUGAGAUAUAGAAAAUAGUCUUAAGCUGAUAAGCGCAAAAAUAAAGACACUAUUUUUUCCAAAAAUUAUUUCUUUUCGGAAUAAUGCAGCUUUUUUUUGGGGUGUUAUAUAAAAACCGAGCGUACAAUUACAGAGCAUCUCAUCGGUUGUUCUUGCCUAUGUGAUGAACGGAAACGGGUUGACCUACGACGAAAAAAUUAUAAAUUUCUGGCCGGAGUACGGAGCCAACGGCAAAAGCGAGCAUACGCUCAAGGAUGUUGUCACGCAUCAGGUGACUUUAUUUUCAAGCUUGAAAAACUUAUUUCUUCCUAUUCUUGGAGAUAGAAUCAGACCACUGAAAAAGAGCAUGAUUUCGUUUUAUCAGCUUGAAUUCUCCGAAAAUUGUUUAUUGAAUAAUAUCUCCAAAAUUUCAAGGCUGGAUUACCGUACACCGAAGUGAUCACUAAGAGAGAAGACAUUCUUAAUGUCGACAGAAUGGCGAAAUACUUCGAAACGGCGACGCCGAUCAAAGAAGCUGGACCAGUCUAUCACGCCUUGACUUUUGGGUAGGUCGCUGUUUCAAACCACAAUCACUUUUUCAAACUUAGUUUAGGUACUUAAAUUACAAAAAUCAACUACGAAAAAAGAAAAAGUGAAAAGAAAACACUUGAGUAAAACAGAGAGACCAAGUAGGAAAACCGAGUUUAGAAGUCAUUUGCGUUAUUUCUGAGUAAAUUUUAUGGUUUUAUUUUUUCUAGUAUUAAAACUUUGAGCAGGUCGCCUUUUUUGCUAAAAUUUAUUAUUCUCUUUUUUCAAUUUCAGGCUGCUUCUCGACCAAAUCGUUCGCAGAAUCGAUGCAAAGGGAAGAGGCCUCGUGCAGGUGUUCGAAGAGAAUAUCGUGAAAAAAUUCGGUGAGCGUCUAUCGAUUCAUUUGUUUAUCAUCUGAAGCUGCUUUCCAGGUAUCGAAGACCUGUCGAUCGGUUUGAAGCGUCCGGAAGACAACGCCACCGUGGCUGUUCUAACCGAACUAUCCGACGAUGAAGUCAUGAGACAAGGUUUGAUUUCUUUGGUUGAUCAUCCGAAGUGAGUUAAGGCGUAUAUUUCAUCAAAAAAACAUCCAAAUUUAAUACAAUUGACCACAAAAAGAGGGUGAACAGAACAUACGAAAAGUUCAUACGUACUCGAAAAAAUCAUCUUGUGGUCUCAUGACGAAAUUUUUUUAAUUUGUGAAGUUUUGAGCAAAUGCUUCAAUUAAGAAAACAAUUUCCUUGCUUGAGAUUGUUGUUUGAGGCAAAACCAACAAAGAAGCCAUGCGCCGCUUCACAGCCGGGUCCAACGAACAUACGCACAACGUCUACUUGUCCUUCCCGUGGAUCACUACAAAUGACGUGAGAUUUUCUCAUUUUUUUUCCAUUUACUUCGUGUUGGUAUCUUUCAUCUGGAAUAAAAAAUUUUCUUUUAGUACAACGUGUUGGAAAAUCGGCUAGUGCCUAUGCCAUCGAAUAUGGGCAUCGGAAACGCGAGAUCUCUCGCACAUUUCCAUUCUCUGCUCAACGAUGAUUCUUUGUUACCGAAGGAGUUCCGGCAGAACUUCGCGGCACCUCAAGUUCCUGAUGCGUUUGACUAUGGUAUCGGCUACGAAGAAGACAAGGGUUGCGGCUUUCAAUUCACUCCAAACCCCUAUGUGAGUUGAAAAACACAGAAAAAAAGGAAAUCGAAUGAGAAGCGGUUUUUCAAUCCAACUAGAAAUUUUUUUGUUACGUUUUAUAUUAUUUGAGCAAGUAGUGUAUUGAUUUUUAAUUUUAUUUUGAUUUCAGUCCAAAAUCAAGCGAAAUCUAAUUUUCGUUGAACACAUGUCGUUUGUUCAGAAAUGAAAAAUUAGCAAAAUGUCUUCUCUAAAAAAUCUAUUACCUUGCAGUACGACUGCAUUUUCGGCCACUCCGGAUUUGGUGGACAAAAUGUCCGAGUUGACAUGAGAAACGGCGUUUCUUUCGCAUACGUCUCCAACGGAUUGAAGCUGGCCGACGCCGACUUGGUCGAGCCAUGGAUGGCUCUUGUUAACGAACUCUACGACGUCAUGAGAACCAUGUGGAAGUAUUAA